CCCGCCUGUAGUUGGGAGGACUCUGUGCUAAAGAAAAGCCCCUGUUGACUAAUUUCUACAUUACAUCAAGGUUUCAGUUCUAUUGUGGGGAAGUAUUCCAUCAAUUAUGGCCUGAUCGCACUUCUCCAAACAGCCCACAGUUUAUAUAGGACAGCCGCCCCCAUGAUGGUGGGGCGGUAGUCUGAAGCUUUUCUACCCUCUUGUCGUCACGGCAGGCUUUUGUAUACAGUUCGUGUCUGUGCCCUUCAGCAGGACCACCGACUACUGGGAGCUCCACACAUACAGGACGAACCUAUCCGGGAUUUGAAACGAUUUCCAUGAAGAUGCCUACGGAAAGAUUUGCGAUGAACGGUGAAGCUGACCGAAACGGCGAGGCAGAGGUACCGCUGCGAGGCCGCUCCACAAGGCAACAGGUCCCUCUCAACAUGAACCACUAUGCCAACAAGAAGAGUGCAGCAGAGAGCAUGCUGGAUGUGGCUCUGUUGAUGGCGAAUGCCUCGCAACUGAAAGCCGUGAUGGAACAAGGACCUGACUUCACCUUCUACGUGCCUCUCAUCACUCUCAUCAGUAUCUCCCUCAUCCUGCAGAUCUUGGUGGGAGUGCUGCUCAUUUUUAUAGUGAAGUGGAACCUGAACGAUGAAAGCAUGCACUACAGGCUGAACAUCCUGGAGAAUAUGACCACAGCCUUCGUCUUUAUCAUAGUCGUGGUCAACGUCUUCAUCACAGCCUUUGGUGUGCAGCGGCCCAACAUUGGUUGAUCCACCUUCACAUGAUUCUCCAUGCCUGCUGAUCAACUCAGUCAAGAUGAAGUGCUGCCUUUUUUAAUGGACAAGAUGUUUAAUUUAUUCACCAAGCAAACCGGCACGCAGGUGCUUCUGUCUCUGUAAUUCAACCUCCCAGGCCUGAGGAGAUCAAAAUACUCUGAGGAUCAGGUGACGUUAUGUGUGUGCGUGUGUGUUAGAGGGGUUCACUUCAUCUCUUACUAUGCUUUACAACAAGUUUGUAGUCAGUUUUAAUUUGAUGUAGUAGUUAUCUUGUUUUGUUACCUCUUAUGAUGCUCAGGUCAGUGAUGCCUUUACUCAUGAAACAAACAUAUCAGGAGCAAUACACUGUUUCAGUCACAGCCAGUGUAAAUGUUUCCUGAGAAAAAAAAUGCAUUUCACUCUCUUUUUAAAGUUUGUCUGUAUUUGUCUGAGUCCAAAGCAUGCCUAUAUCUUUAGAUAAAAAGCCUAACAUCACAGCAUAAACCAAAUGAAGAUCUUACCAAUAAGUGUAUCAAUGAGGAGCCCUCUAGGCAAACUGCUGCUCAUGAAGCAUUACAUGACUUAACAGAUUUAUCAUGGGGAAAACAUACAGUUUACAGUGUUACAAACCUCAACCUAUCAUUGAAGUGAACCUUAAUUACUUUGUUUCAAUAGAGCUAUGCAAAUCCAAGAGUGCAAUGUUUUAUUGAUUGACCUGUAUGUAAUAGUUCAAGUGUUAUUGAAGUAUACUGUAGUGUAUGUCUACUUCAAUGUUUUUUUUAAAUCACCUUUUUUUAGUACCAAAAAGUUACAUAGCUUUUACCAUAUGAUCCUGUACUAUACACUGUGAUGAAUAUUCAAUGAAUUUUAUAAAUAAACUACAGACGUGUUAUGA